GUGCCCACCAAGGUUUCAUAAAGAAUGAAGGGCGCCAUCUUGCUGUGUUUUGCGGCCGCUGUCGCUGCCUGCAAGCCAAACGUGAGGGAGCCAGCGCCGCCCCAGCGCCAAGAAAGGAUGCCCGCCUUCCUCCCCGCAUCCGAGGACGUCCCGGACGCCCAACGCGCAGAACCUUCUAGUAUUUCGCUCAACUCGCCGCCCUCGCCGCCUCACCAGGCCAUGCCCGCGCCCUACCUCCCAGCGCCCCGGGAGGUCCAGACCCUGAGCGCCCUCCACACCAUGCAGGCCUCCAGUGCCCAGGCAGGACCUCCAGUGCCGCCCUCGCACCGUAACCCUGAAGUGAUGCCAUCCUUCAUCCCGACGCCCGAGGGGAUCCAGGCCCUGCACGCCCUCCAUACCAUGCACGCCCCUGCAGUCAUUCCCAACGCCCGUGCGAGACUUCCCUCCAUGCCUCCUGCAGCUGCACAAUUUAUCGCCACGUACAGAGGUGCCAGCGGUUCUUUUGCUCAUGCAAACCGAUUUGUCUAAGAUGUCCAAUCCGUGAUCUCUCUCAGAAACAGACAGUUUGCUUGUUUUACUUUCUUUUGUCAUUCGUUA